UGUAGGUAUCUUCUGUUCUGUCUUAUAAUUUAAUAGGCUCAGAAGUUAAGUAGUUUAAGUAACUAGUAAAUGGCAGAAUAGGGUUUCUUUUUGGGUUCAUAUUAGUAGUUUGUGUGCAAGAAUUAGUUGCAAGGCUAGUUAUAAAAAUGUUCUUCUGAUUCUGGUUCUCUGUCGAGUGGCACCUAGGAUCUUAGCUUUCAGGAGAUCAAGUGAGGAUGUAGUUCAGUGGUAUAAGCCUUUGAUAUUCCUAGUACACAAAAACACAGGCACUGAAGAUGGUUCACAUGGAGAGAUUAAUACCCACUUGGGGAGAAUUUUUACAUUUGCUUAUUUUAAUGCGUGAAUUCGAGGAAAGGAAAUUUAAAUCUUUGUUGAAGUUGUGCUGAUAAUUAGAUCAUUGGGAUCAAGCAUAAAGGAAUCGAGUGAACAAAUUGCUUUGUUCACAGGGGAGGAGGUGGUGAGGGAAAGAUUUGAAAUGUUAAGGUGAGUGGGAUUUUACAGCUGCAUAGUGAGAUUUGUAAGGUAUGGUAAGUUUCUGCAACUGAAGGAAAGACUUAAGCAUUAGCCUCUUUGAAAAUGUUCUGGAAUUUUCAAAGAAAGGAUGGUUGCUUAUGGGAAAGAGAACUGAAUGGGUGACCAGGUUGAUUUGGGAGGGAAAGGAGAACUCACUGCUUUUUAAAAAAUUGUUUAAAUCAAUAGAAAAGAUAAAGCAGUGAUUAAACUGGGUUAUAUUGUUGGAAGGCUUUCACACAGGGUCUUGCUGUGUAGCCUUGGCUGGCUUGAAAAUCUGGGUCUUUCUGGGAUUACCAUGUGCAGCUUGCCAUCACUUUUACCUUUAUUUUAAAAGUCAGACUAACUCAGUCACUUAAAACUCUUACUCUUGAGGAGUAUUUAAACUAGAUUUAGAAGUGGGCAUUUUCCCCUUUUAAAAGAUGGUUUAAUGUGUUCAGAUUUAGACAAUAUAUAACAUUUGGUCCUAAGAAGUAGAUUUUUUGGUUAGAGGGCUUUGAAUUCACUGCCUUUUCCCUACCCCAAAAUAGGAAGUUUGUACACCAUUGUAUUGGGAAUAUUGUUGCAUGAGUCACUUUAAACCUUAUUUUUCCUAUUGUAACACUUCUGAGAGGUGUUUCUAGGUACUUCUUGAGAAGAGUAUGUUUUGAUUGACUGCUUUAUGUGCUUGUUUAUUUUUAUAGCAUUUAAAUCAAAGGAUAUUGAAAUGGAUUGGGUUAUGAAACAUAAUGGUCCAAAUGACGCUAGUGAUGGGACAGUACGACUUCGUGGACUGCCAUUUGGUUGCAGCAAAGAGGAAAUAGUUCAGUUCUUUCAAGGGUUGGAAAUCGUGCCAAAUGGGAUAACAUUGACGAUGGACUACCAGGGGAGAAGCACAGGGGAGGCCUUCGUGCAGUUUGCUUCAAAGGAGAUAGCAGAAAAUGCUCUGGGGAAACACAAGGAAAGAAUAGGGCACAGGUAUAUUGAGAUCUUCAGAAGUAGCAGGAGUGAAAUCAAAGGAUUUUAUGAUCCACCAAGAAGAUUGCUGGGACAGCGACCAGGACCAUAUGAUAGACCGAUAGGAGGAAGAGGGGGUUAUUAUGGAGCUGGGCGUGGAAGUAUGUAUGACAGAAUGCGACGAGGAGGUGAUGGAUAUGAUGGUGGCUAUGGAGGUUUUGAUGACUAUGGUGGCUAUAAUAAUUAUGGCUAUGGAAAUGAUGGCUUUGAUGACAGAAUGAGAGAUGGAAGAGGUAUGGGAGGACAUGGCUAUGGUGGAGCUGGUGAUGCGAGUUCAGGUUUUCAUGGUGGUCAUUUUGUACAUAUGAGAGGGUUGCCUUUUCGUGCAACUGAAAAUGAUAUUGCAAACUUUUUCUCACCACUAAAUCCAAUACGGGUUCAUAUUGAUAUUGGAGCUGAUGGCAGAGCAACAGGAGAAGCAGAUGUAGAGUUUGUGACACAUGAAGAUGCAGUAGCUGCCAUGUCUAAGGAUAAAAAUAACAUGCAACAUCGAUACAUUGAACUCUUCUUGAAUUCUACUCCUGGAGGUGGUUCUGGAAUGGGAGGAUCUGGAAUGGGAGGCUAUGGCAGAGAUGGAAUGGAUAAUCAGGGAGGAUAUGGAUCUGUUGGAAGAAUGGGGAUGGGGAACAAUUACAGUGGAGGAUAUGGUACUCCUGAUGGCUUGGGUGGUUAUGGCCGCGGUGGUGGAGGCAGUGGAGGUUACUAUGGGCAAGGUGGCAUGAGUGGAGGCGGAUGGCGCGGGAUGUACUAAAAGCAAAACCACCAACACACAAGUCCUAACAACAGCAUCUGGUCUACUAGACUUUCUUACAGAUUUAAUUUCUUUUGUAUUUUAAGAACUUUAUAAUGACUGAAGGAAUGUGUUUUCAAACUAUUAUUUGGUAAAGCAACAGAUUGUGAUGGGAAAAUCUGUUUUCUGUAGGUUUUAUUUGUUGCAUACUUUGACUUAAAAAUAAAUUUUUAUAUUCAAACCACUGUUGUUGAUACUUUUUAUAUAUAGUUACUGCAGAAGAUGUACUGCCUUCAUAAGAUUUGGGUUGAUGUAUUUUACUGUUAACGCUACAAAAAGUUGAGCGGUGUAAUGUUAAAGGAUAACGGCCUGCUUAUGCAUAAACUGCAAGUCAAUAAGCAGGCAUCUGGAAGAAAGCUUGAAUAAUUAGUGCAACUCUUGUUUAAUUUCUCCUGAACAACAAUGUAAAUAUAAUGCCUGAAGAUGAAUUUUUGUGGUUUCAGGAAUAUAAAUUCAUCUAAUUCUAUAUUCUUUUUCAAAUAUAAUUUAUCAGGCAUAGCUCUGAAAUGAUCUAAGAGGUAUCUCAAUUUCUGAAUAUUCAUAAUCGUGUUAUCUGGGGAUGGGGGUGUUGAAAGUUUAAAUUCUAGCUCCUGAUUGAAUUCCCUUAGGACUUGAUCAAAUACCAAAAAUGUUUUCCAAAAAAUGAGAGUUGUACUUUAUCUCAAGAUGUCCUAGACUAGCUUAAAGUUCUCGAUGAUGACAUGAGAACUCAGGCAAGUACAUAAGUGUUUACUGUGGAGAAUGCAGUUCUCACAGAUGUAUCUUCAGUUUCAUACCCAAAAGAGCACAUGGUUUUUAAAUAACUGUAUAAACAACUACAUUUUUUAAAAUUUAAAGCAAAUCUGUGUCAUGUUCAAUUAAACCAAGAAUCCUGCAGCUGGAUUUUUGUAUGAUCUCAGCUUACAGUUUUAGUUAAAAUGUUUUAUGUAGCAAGGAAAAGGUGCUUUUUAAAUUUAUCACUUUGGUCAGUAUGGCUUUUUGUUUCCAAAUUGGCUGAUGGAUCAAAUGAAACCUGUCAAUGUGAAUUCAGUUCUGAACUUGUUACUUGUUUUGGCUAGAAAUGUUAUUCAUGUUGUAAUAAAUGUCAGUGUGGGAGAUAAUAGUAUCUUGUCUGUGCUAGAAUGCUUUCUGUUGAUUAUUGAUUACAUAAAUCAAACUGGUAGAAAGUACCAUAUAAUGUUUAAAUUGGAGAUUGAAUUUAGGUGACUACAAAGAAGUGAUUUCUGUUGUUAGAAAGAAAAGGGAAUGUUAUAGCUAAUAAAUUUGGAACCUGUUGGCCCUGUGAUAAUUUUGAGGACUGGGAAUUGAACCUAGCAUCUCUGUGCAUGGUAGGUAGGCAAGUGCUCUACUGAGCUGUGCAUGGUAGGUAGGCAAGUGCUCUACUGAGCCUACAUCCCCAGCACAAAUGUCAAAAGUACUUGUCCCAGGAUGCCCUCUGAAAAUCUUCAAUAAGUGAAAGUACAAAAUGUUAGAAAUGAACGUUGCCCUUCUAAAGCAGACUAAUCUUUCACAUCUUUAUUUUAUAAAAUUCAUAUUUUUAUUUUAAAAUAUUACAGGUUGGUUAGUAGAAUUACAAUAGCAGUUCCUUGGCACCAUGAUCAUUGUAGUGCUGGCUAGGUCAGGGAAUGACAUAGUCUAGUUUUGAAAAGUGAAAGUGGUGUAUGUAGGAUCACACUACAAAAUAUGAAGGCUUUUUUUGUUUUGUGGUGCUGGGGGUUCAAACCCAGGGCCUUAUGCAUGCAAGGCAAGCACUGUAUCAUUCAACUACAUCCCCAACCCCCAAAAGUAAGCCCAAACUAAGCAGAGCAAGUUACACUGCUGUCAUAAAAGCUGCCUCCCCAAAAACCCAAAUUGAUGGUGAUGAUAGAAGUUUGGGUGGAGGGAGGAAGUUGGUGGGAUUGGGGUAGUUUGAACUCGGGGCUUUGCCCUUGCAAACUGGGUACUCUAGCACUUAAGCCAUACCUCUAGUCCAUUUUGCUUUGGGGUUUUUUUGUUGUUGUUUUGUUUUGUUUUUGGCAAUUGUCUCAAACCUCGAUCCUCCUUAUUUUAUCAGCCUUCCAAGUAGCUAGGAUUACAGGCAUGGCACCGGCACCCGGCAUAAGUUUUGAAUGGUGAGAAAUUUAAAUGAAUGACUAAACAUCAUGGUUUAAUGAAAUGAGCCUUGGAAUUUACACAACUUAAGUAACCUUUCCAAAUUUGUUUAAACCACAUAAUAAAAAGAAUUACCUAUUUGAAAGUUUUCAUUUAUACUUAUUUGCAACAAUCAUAAAAAUGUUGAUCUAUCCCAUCAAUGCAAAAUGGUUCAAGAAUAUAAUUCAUUCUCAGUAUUUCUGUCAUUUAAGGAAGGGCAUCUAAAAAUCUAUGUCAGCUCUUACUGAAGUUGAGCUCCGAAGCUGACUGAAAAUUACAGGUUCUAGAAAAAUGUGUCUUCAAGUAAAAUACAGUUUUUUUUUUUUUCAUGCUUUGGCAAUUUAGAAAGCUAAAUAUUAAUGAGGAAAAAAUGCUGUAGAAUAAAUAUGUUAGGGGGAGGGAGGGGCAAUGUGCCUUCUAGGAGUGUGAAAUUUAUAUAUGGUGUUUUUGAAAGGCUCACAAACUUAAGUGCACAGCUGAAAAUUAGAUUAAUAAAAAAAAUAGGAUUCUGAAUCAUGAUGAAAUGAUUAUACAGAGGUAACAAUAAUUAAAUUCUUGGUACGCUACAACCAAUAUAACUAGAUUAGUGUUCAUUAAAUUUUUCUGCUUGAAAUAGUUCAGAAGCCACCAAUCUUCACCUACCGAAGACCCCUGCAGGCACAGAGGUACUGGGCAUUUGUUUUUUUUUGCAGUGCUGGGGUUCGAAGGCAGGGCCUCAUGCUUGCUAGGCAGGUGCUUUACCACUUGAGCCACUCCAGCCCAGACAUGGUAAAAUUUUACUGUGGAUAUACAUUAUCACUACAGUGUUUCUUAGAAGUUAAUCCAGUGGUAGUAGAAUAGAAACUUUUUUAACUAUUCAAUUAUUCUACACCAUCAAAGGCAAAGUUUUUAUCCCCCUUACUAUGACGCUUAAAGGAGAGAAUCUGUAUAAGCCUAUAAUUCCCUGCAGCUUGUGUAGAAAAACACUUUCCUACCCUGGGGAGGGAUUUCUAGUCUUAUUUUUUUGGUGGUACUGGAGUUUGAACUCAGGGUCUUGCACUUGCUAAGCAGGUGCUUUACUACUAGAGUCAUGCCCCCAGUCUGGGACUUGAGUUUUUGUUUUUGAAUUGGUGUCUGACCCCACUCCCUUAAAAAAAUUAGUGUCUAGGAAGGAAGACUGUUGCGUGUAACUUCCUUUCAAGAUUAGAAGGAAAAGGUUGACCCCCAAAUCAGUGUACAUUUAACCCACUCUGAAAAGUAUCUGCAAACAAAACAAUGGUUGAUUUUUAGGAAAGACCUUUAUAGCCAAUGAAAUUAUAUAGGAUAAAAUAAUUGGCCUUUUCUAUUGCAAAAAAGGGGAAAGGGAGAAAAAAGCAAAUAAAAUACAAUUAAGUUGCAAUCUUAACAGAAUGAGAAAUGUACAGGCUAGGCAUAGUGGCACAUGCCUGCUAUCCCGGCACUCACAAAGCUUGGGCAGAAGGAUCAUGAGUUCAAGGCCAACCUAGACACCUUUGUGAGACCUUCAAUGUUGUAUUGGAAUAAAAAUUCUGAGGAAUUUAUGAUGCAUUUUCAGUCUUUCUCUGAGAACUGUGAAGCUUUAAAGUGCACUAAGAAAAUGAGAGGCACCAUCAAAUGCCAACUUGACAGAAUUCAGAAAAUCUGAAGCCUUAUUUUUAAGAAGGCCUUUAUAAAAUAAGGCAAAUGUGUGUUAGCUAUGUAUGCUAUCUGGCCUUUCAGUGGAGUUAAGGUAAGGGUUCCAUGCUCUGUUGAAGAUUCUGAGUAACACUGGAAAGUAAAUGUCUGAUCAAACAUAUAAUUCCCAUGAACUGAAUAUAUAGAAGAUAAACAUACAAUACUGACUGA